AAUCUACCUUAGAUUCACUCUUCUUUUUCUUAAGUAUUGUUUGAUUGGAUUCAGCAACAAAGAAAAAAGAAAAAAAACCAUUUUCUCUUACUUCCUGUCCUGCAUGCAGGCUGAUUCAGUGCGGUAAAACAGUAAAAAUCUCCCAUGUGGGUAACAGAGCUUGAUGAUUACUGUUUCACAGAGUGUUGCUGUAGAGAGAGAGAGGUGAUUAAAAAGAUGCAAUGGCUCACUUGUCACUGAAUGGAUAGCCCUGUUUGACUUUGGAGUUUGGCCUUCCUUGGAGACGACAGCGGCGCAGUUCUGCUUGGGCGAUGGAUUGGAAUGCGAACGCUUCGCUGCUGUGGGAUUGGGACAACCACGCGCCAUUUGGUGGGAAUUUCAAGCUGUCGGGCGGCGGCGGUGCUUCCUCUGGCUCUGAACUGGGGACUGGUUCCUCGUCCAAGAGCACCAUCUCUGCGUCCGUUGAUUCCUCGUCCAAAGCAGGAAAGGAACCUGAGUGGGUCACAAACCUGAAGAACCACGGCAAGAACCAACUUUUACCGGAGGCUGGUUCUUCCCUGGUUGCGGCGUCGGUGGCUGGAUUGGAGGAGUCACAAAUAGGGCUAAAGCUUGGUAAGAGAACCUACUUUGAGGAUGUUUCUGCCGAGAGCAGCGUGAAGAACCCUUUGUCAUCUUUGGAUUCUCCGGCGGCAUCGACUGCUCUGGUCAAGAAGCCGAGGGUGUCUCAUCAAAGUGCACAGAGUAGCUGCUGCCAAGUUGAAGGUUGUAACAUUGAUCUUAGUGGAGCCAAGGAUUAUCACCGGAAGCACAGGGUCUGUGAAACCCAUUCUAAAUGCCCCAAGGUCACUGUCGCGGGCCAGGAGCGCCGGUUUUGUCAGCAGUGUAGCAGGUUCCAUGAUUUGUCCGAGUUUGAUCAGAGAAAGAGAAGCUGCCGUAGACGUUUAUCCGAUCAUAAUGCACGGCGUCGCAAGCCACGACCCAACAUAAUCUCCUUCAGUUCAACAACUUUUCCUCCGUUGCUUUAUGAUAAUAAGCAUCAGAUGAACUACUUGUGGAAUAACGCUCCUUUUGGUCACAUGAAACCCAUGGCAAGCAGCAAAAGUGAAGGCUCUCAAACUUUCAAGCUCACACAAAUUAAAGCGCCAUGGAUGAAAUCAACAAAAGAAGUCAGCAUUGAUGGCCAGCUGCAUUUGCCAAACACUCAGCUAUCAAAUGGCUUCCCCGCACUUUAUCAUGAUGUUGACAAGCUCUUGCCACUGAAAGGCACUGCCACCGAAGUUCUAAAUCAAGUUACAGGUUCAGAGGCAUCUGCAGGAGCUUCGAACUUGGACAGAGCACCGGAUCUUCGGCGUGCUCUCUCUCUUCUGUCAACCAGUUCUUGGGCUUCUCCUGACCCCAGACAAACGCCCCCCGUCACUGAGUUCGUGGAUGCUAACUCCUCAAAUCACUGGAUCUACGGGCAGCCUCUAGCUCAACAAGCCCAACUGCUUCCAUUUAUCAUGCGCAGAUAUGACAACCAGCCCCAGGAGUUCCAGCUGCAAAAAAUCCCAUACCGGGAUGCUAUAUUCGAUCCUAGUCAGAUAUAUUGACCUCGAGAAGUCAAUCGACUGAUACUUGGAAUUUAGAUCGAUGGUUGGUCUUCUGUUCUUGACUUGUACUCUUGCCAAGACACAGCAGUUUCUUUUAACUUUCGUCUCAAGCUGCUGCUGCUGCAUGGUUGUGAAGGACAGCUAUAUGUGGUGUUCUCAUUUGUUAGGUGUUGGUGGAUCCAAGGACAUGAUCUGUAUAAUGUUCACUAGACUAUGAACUCUUGUGCCUUGUGAUGUACUUUCUCUCACAUUUGUUAUGGUACUCUUCAUUUAGCAAGAAUUCCUUGCAAUAUAUCUUUGCAUCAAUCUUGGUGAUACUGAUUCCAACUUUUGCUCAUGGAUGAAGAUAGUAUAUUUGUUCCACUUGAA